ACCAGCCGAAACAGGUCAUGGAAGCGCCCGGCAGCAGGUUGGAGCCGCCACCGCUCCCGGAGUACAGCUGCAGCUACGUGGUGUCGCGGCCGGUCUACAGCGAGCUCGCCUUCCAGCAGCAGUACGAGCUGCGCCUGCAGGAGCGCAAGACGCUGCGGGACAGCCUGGCCAAGGGCUGCAGUUGUUCAAGAAAGAGAGGCCUUGGUGUGCUGAAGACUCUCCUGCCCAUCUUGGACUGGCUCCCCAAGUACCGAAUCAAGGAAUGGCUGCUUAGUGACAUCAUUUCGGGAGUUAGUACUGGGCUAGUGGGCACGCUGCAAGGCAUGGCGUACGCUCUGCUAGCUGCAGUCCCUGUUGGAUAUGGUCUCUACUCUGCUUUUUUCCCUAUCCUGACAUAUUUUAUCUUUGGAACAUCAAGGCACAUCUCAGUUGGGCCGUUCCCAGUGGUCAGUUUAAUGGUGGGAUCUGUUGUGCUGAGCAUGGCCCCGGAUGAACACUUUCACGUAUCCAGCGGUAAUGGCACCGCCUUCAAUGCCACCGUGAUAGACUAUGUGGCCAGAGAUACGGCAAGAGUAUUGAUUGCGAGCACCCUUACUCUUUUGGUUGGAAUCAUACAGUUGAUAUUUGGAGGUUUGCAGAUUGGAUUCAUCGUGAGGUACUUGGCAGAUCCUUUGGUUGGCGGAUUCACAACAGCUGCGGCCUUCCAAGUGCUGGUCUCACAGCUGAAGAUCGUUCUCAAUGUUUCCACCAAAAACUAUAAUGGCGUUCUCUCCAUUAUCUACACUCUGAUUGAGAUUUUUCAGAAUAUUGGCAACACCAAUCUUGCUGAUUUCAUUGCUGGAUUACUCACCAUCAUCAUCUGUAUGGCAGUUAAGGAAGUGAAUGAUCGAUUUAAGCACAAAAUUCCAGUCCCUAUUCCUAUAGAAGUAAUUGUGACAAUUAUUGCUACUGCCAUUUCAUAUGGAGCCAACCUGGAAAAAAAUUACAAUGCUGGCAUUGUGAAAUCCAUCCCAAGGGGGUUUUUGCCCCCCAUACUUCCACCUGUGAGCCUGUUUUCUGAGAUGCUGGCUGCCUCGUUUUCCAUCGCCGUGGUGGCUUACGCUAUUGCAGUGUCUGUGGGAAAGGUUUACGCCAUCAAGUAUGAUUACACCAUCGAUGGGAACCAGGAAUUCAUUGCCUUUGGGAUCAGCAACAUCUUCUCGGGAUUCUUCUCUUGUUUUGUUGCCACCACUGCCCUGUCCCGCACAGCUGUCCAGGAAAGCACUGGGGGAAAGACCCAGAUUGCCGGCAUCAUCUCUGCUGGGAUUGUGAUGAUCGCCAUUGUUGCCCUGGGGAAGCUGCUGGAACCCUUGCAGAAGUCGGUCUUGGCCGCCGUUGUCAUUGCCAACCUGAAAGGGAUGUUCUUGCAGGUGUGUGACAUUCCUCGUCUAUGGAGACAGAAUAAGAUCGAUGCUGUUAUCUGGGUGUUUACGUGCAUAGCAUCCAUCAUUCUGGGGCUGGACCUCGGUUUACUGGCUGGCCUCAUGUUUGGACUGCUCACUGUGGUCCUGAGAGUUCAAUUUCCCUCAUGGAAUGGCCUUGGAAGCAUUCCUAGCACAGACAUUUACAAAAGUACCAAGAGUUACAAAAAUAUUGAAGAACUCGAAGGAGUGAAGAUUCUUAGAUUUUCUAGUCCUAUUUUUUAUGGCAACGUUGAUGGUUUUAAAAAAUGUAUCAAGUCCACAGUUGGAUUUGAUGCCAUUAGAGUAUAUAAUAAGAGGUUGAAAGCACUGAGGAAAAUACAGAAACUCAUCAAAAAAGGACAAUUAAGAGCAACAAAGAAUGGCAUUAUAAGGGAUGCUGGUUCAUCAAAUAAUGCUUUUGAGCCUGACGAAGAUAUUGAAGAUCCAGAAGACCUUGAUAUCCCAACUAAGGAAAUAGAGAUUCAAGUGGAUUGGAACUCUGAGCUUCCAGUCAAAGUGAAUGUUCCCAAAGUGCCAAUCCAUAGCCUCGUGCUUGACUGUGGAGCUGUGUCUUUUUUGGAUGUUGUUGGAGUGAGAUCACUGCGAAUGAUUGUCAAAGAAUUUCACAGAAUUGAUGUAAAUGUGUACUUUGCAUCCCUUCAAGAUCAUGUGAUAGAAAAACUGGAGAAGUGUGGUUUCUUUAAUGAUAACAUUAGAAAGGACAUAUUCUUCUUGACCGUCCAUGAUGCUGUCCUCCAUCUACAGAACCAGGUUAAAUCUCGAGAGGGUCAAGAUUCCAUUUUAGAAACGAUUACUCUCAUCCAAGACUGUAAAGAUCCUCUUGAAUUAAUGGAAGCAGAGCUGAUUGAAGAAGAACUUGAUGUCCAGGAUGAGGCUAUGCGUAGUCUUGCUUCCUGA